AUGCCUCCACCGCCGCCGGCCUCGAACAUACGCGCCUUCGUGCACUGGAAACAGCCCACGGUAUACGCUGGGGAGGAAAUAGAAUGUAUCAUCACGUUCAAGAAUGUCGCGCCAACACCGGGAAGCGCCAUAGAGAAUGGCGACAGGCUCAACCCGUCAGCUGCCAACGGAGCAGUCAAUAGCAAAAGAGCUUCAUACGUGCCGUCAGCUCCCCAUAGCAGGAAGAGCUCGAUCGCGCAAAUCAAGCCACCACCUCUGUCCAGAGCGAACUCCGUGGCCAGCACGAAAGGCGCACCACCCGCACGAGGACACAGACCGGCGUUGUCGUUGAAUGUGAUAAGUGCAGCUUCAAGAGGCGGUGGUCUGAACCGCGCGCCCGUACCGCAAUAUGGGACCCCGAACAGUGCUGUCAGGCCAAGCAAAGGUCAUGGCAGAUCGCUGUCCAUCAUGUCUCUGGGCUGUGAGCCAGCCAGCGAGAGAACACCGACUGCACCGCAGAGUGCUGGCAUAAGACCGAUGAGGUCGCAUGCUCGUAGUACGAGCUUACAACAACCACCCAGACUGGUAGCUCCGUCGCCGGCAGGUCUCAUCAUGCCAUCUCCACGGCAGCCGUCGCCUUUAUAUGAGGCCGAUACGCCUCCAGCUCUGCCGGAGGGACAGCCGAUACCAAUGAGACCUGGGCGGCGAAGACCGGGAACAGUGUCUGCAGAUCACACACCACAGAUGGGGAGGCAGUCGAGCUUCAGCAGGAAACUUGGGCACCACAGUCAGAAUGGCAGCCUUAACAACUUCAAGUUCCCUGCGACACAAGCCGUGGACAGGAAUCAUCUGGCCAAUCCUGAGCAGCCUCCCAAGCUUGCCCGAACUCCUUCGACCAUGCAUUCUGGCGGGAAGCGCUCGCUGUCCCCCAGGCCUACAGAAGGCUGGCAUGCAGCAGCAAGUAACCUGAACCCCAUCUCGCGUGUUAUGUCAGAGACAUCUGGGGAAGGCAGUCCGCGCACCAGCAGCGAGCUCUACUCGAGGAGUAACCACAGCGAUGAGACGUUGACCUCCGAGGCACCGUCCGGCCAGCAACUUGGCCGAUUGAUCCCGAAAGGAUUUCAUUCACGGCGGCCAUCGCGAUCACCUCAAAGCAGACCUGCUGAGGCAGAAACCUUGAUGAUGGCGUACGCACAAACUUUGGGUCACUUUACGCUCGAUGGAAGUCUCGUGAACACUGCACCUUUCGAAGAAGUGAAACGCAAAGGCGUUCAGGGUGGAGGUGGAGUCGUUGGUGUCGAAAGAUCUAAAAGAUCUUCUGGCUUGUUCGGUGCUUUGAGCUGGGGCAACAUUGGCGAGUCUCUCGGAGGUCUACUUGGUGGCGAGGAGAUGAGCUCAAUGGCGCAGAUGAAGGCGACGGUCGGGUCUAAGACCAUACCCUUGCUUUCUACGCCCCAGAGUCUACUGUUCGUUGAUUUGAGAUUGGCUCCUGGCGAGAGCCAGAGCUACAACUACCGCUUUUCUUUACCGCGAGGACUACCACCUAGCCACCGAGGAAGAGCGAUCAAAGUUGUAUACAACCUGUCGCUGGGAGUGCAACGACCCGAAGGCCAGGCAGUGAAGAGGAUCGAGAUACCCUUUCGCGUUUUGGGCAGCUACGACACGCGAGGUGACACUCUCGGCCAUGACUUGAUGUCUCCAUAUGUGCUGCUGCAAGACUCGGCGAGGACCACAGCGAUUGCUAAGGACCCUGCCAGCACGAGUGGGUUCCCUUCCUCCACGACCCAACCGAAGCCGAAAAAGAAACGGACGCCGAAGCAGGGACUGGAAGACUUUUUACGUUAUACUGAGAGACUAAUGGAAUCGCCCAAGGAUGCCAACGGGGUAUUGCUGUCACCGACAUCGCCAACAUCACCCGCAGUCCUUAACAAUACAUCGUCUCUAUCGCGGCAAGCAAGUUUUGCGGACAUGGCUCCUGCAAAUGCAAAAGAAGCCAUCGAUUUCGCUAUACUACGAUCCAACCUGGUGAAUCGGUCAGGAAAGCAGCCUGAUGCACAGAGUGUAAACCGCUUCAACAUUGCUCGAUCGGGGCAGCCAGUAGCAGUACUCGCAGUCCUACGUCCGUCGUAUCGAUUAGGAGAGCCCGUGAUUGGUGUUGUGGACUUCACCGCUUCGGCGCCUUCAGCUUCUGCACCAACAUACUCCGUCCUGGUGGAGCUCGAGUCUUCCGAGCAAAUUGAUCCAUCCUUAGCUCUUCGUAGCAGCCAUUCUAUCAACCGCGUGACGCGAAAGGUGCAUGCAUCAACACGAGAAAGCUCCCUCUUUGCACGGCAAAUCAGCUUCAAUCUCAACAUCCCGGCCAAUGCAGCACCGACUUUCGAGACAACGGGAGUGAGUCUGACAUGGCGGCUCCGAGUCGAGUUUACGACGCAACGACAAAUUUCAGGUCUUGGUAUAGAAGGCAGCAAUGUUGGAGACGAGCUUUUGGAAGAGCUUGCUAGCGAUGACAGAGGGACCACUUUCAUAGCGAGGGAGAGGUUACCGGCUGAUACUUUUGAGAUUGCAGUGCCGUUGAAGGUAUAUGGCGCUGUCGGCAUCGACUCGACGAGUGCUCAGCAUGAGCCUCUAGUUGUGUAG